UUAAAUCCUUUUCUAGCGUCCGUAGAUGGGCUAUGGAAAUCCUUAUUCACAACCUUGAGGCCCUUUCUAAAAAUGGGAGCCCAAUCCAAGUUCGAGAACAUUUCCUUCAAUCCAUUUUCCACCUACAGUUUGCAAUGUGUUUUGGGCUUCUUCUAAAUGAAGCCCAAAUCAAAGAGGUACAAUCAAUCAGUAGGCGAAUAUUAUUGGGCCUGCCAAGUUUAAAGUUCAAUAUCCUCAAUGCAUGGCCUAAGUUGACCAAAAUUUUGUUACCCGGGCGAUGGGCCGAAAUCCAAAACCUAAGAAAGGAACUAGAUGACGUGUACCUUCGCCUAAUCAAGGCCCGAAAAGAAAUAACAAAAGAUGAAAAGGACCAAAAAAUGGUACAAUAUUGUUAUGUUGAUUCUUUAUUAGAGUUGGAUGUUCCAAAUGAAGAUGUAGAGGGAGGGGCAAGAAAAUUGAUGGAUAAUGAAAUGGUAAGUUUGUGCAAUGAGUUUAUUAAUGCUAGCACAGAUUUACCUACAACUGAGUUAAGAGUGGACCAUGGCUAAUUUGGUUAAAUACCCACAAGUACAAGCCAAGCUAGUGGAAGAGAUCAAACUAGUUAUUGGGCCCGAGCGAAGGUCCAAUAUUCUAGAGGAAGAUUUGGAUCAUAUGCCCUUUUUGAAGGCCACUAUCUUAGAAGUCCUACGACGCCACCCCCCGGCCCACAUGGUUAUACCCCAUCGGGCCGGGUCAGAUGUUGAAAUUAGUGGGUAUAUGAUACCCAAGGAUGCGGCUAUUAAUGUCUUGGUGGCGGACAUUGGGCGCGACCCAAAUGUGUGGGAGGGUCCAAUGGAGUUUAACCCGGAUAGAUUUUUGGUGAAGUCGGAUUCGGGUCAGGACGAAAAAAUUAGUGUAAGUUUUGAUGUGGCUGGGAGGAAAGAGAUCAAAAUGAUGCCUUUUGGGGUAGGAAGAAGGAUGUGCCCGGGGAAUGUGUUGGCUAGGAUGAAUUUGGAAUACAUGGUGGCUAAUUUAGUUUGGCAUUUUGAGUGGAAAGCAAUGGAUGGUGAAGUUGUAGAUUUGGAUGAGAAGGAAGUGUUUGCAAUAAUGAUGAAAAAUCCUUUGAGGGCCUUAAUUUCACCUACAAGUACCUAAAUUAUGAGACAUUUUUUGCUUGCCAACUAAGUCUUAGCUUAGUUGUUAAAACAAGCAUUUAUAUCAAUAUUGAGUGAUACUUGACAAGGUAUUGUGUGUUUGCUUUGGGUUCUAAACAUAAUAUAUA